AUGGACGAUCUCCUGGUGCCAAGGGUCACGCCAAGCAGGCCGUUUCUGCACACCGGCAUCGACUACGCCGGACCUGUUUGGCUGCGAACGUCAAAGGGCCGCGGACACAAAACAACUAAAGGGUUCAUUGUAGUUUUUGUCUGUUUAGCUUCCAGAGCCGUUCACCUCGACGCAGCCUCGAACUACUCCGCCGACGCCUUCAUAGCCGCCUUGCGCCGACUCAUCUCCAGGCGAGGUGUCUGCGCCUCCUUGUAUAGUGACUGCGGUACCAAUUUUGUGGGUGCUGACAGGCAGCUUGGCGCUCUCUUCUCUGCCGCCAGUGCCGACGGACACCGCAUCGCCGCAUUCGCCGCACAGGAGAAAAUCCGGUGGCACUUCAAUCCACCGACGGCACCAAACUUCGGCGGCUUAUGUAUCGCCGUCAAAUCUAUGAAGCACUAUCUGCGACGAAUCAUAGGUGAUGCAACCCUCACCUAUGAGGAGCUGGCGACGCUGCUCUCUCAGAUAAAAGUUUGCCUCAAUUCUCGACCUCUGCAGCCCUUGUCCGACGACCCGGAGGACGUAGCAGCUCUUAUCCCAGGUCACUUCCUGAUCGGUUCCGCUCUCUCCGCCGUACCUGAACCGUCGCUCGAACGAGAGCCGUCGGCCCGGCUUUCACGCUGGCAGCUUCUGCAACAGAUGAGGGACCAUUCCUGGUCCCGGUGGGCCAGCGAAUACUUACACACGCUGGCCCAUUGGCCAAAAUAG